UGGCUGACAGCGCUCUCUCUCUCCACCUCCACCAACACACACGCGCCACUUACCAGCACCUCUCUCUUCCUUCUCCCCCACCUCCUCCUUUCUCUCUCUCUCCCGUUCUCUUUGAGUGAGCGAGAGAUCUCCCGAAACCUGAGCGAGGCGGUCCCGGAGACACCAGAGAGGCGAUAUCCUCGUAAAGCGCAACAUGGCUACAAUUGCAACCUCCACCAGGUUUACAGACGAAUAUCAGCUGUACGAAGAGCUCGGAAAGGGUGCCUUUUCUGUUGUUCGGCGAUGCGUAAAGAAAUCAACCGGCCAGGAAUAUGCUGCUAAGAUCAUCAACACAAAAAAGCUGUCAGCAAGAGAUCAUCAGAAGCUAGAAAGAGAGGCCCGGAUCUGCCGUCUGCUCAAGCAUCCCAACAUAGUACGUCUCCAUGACAGUAUCGCAGAAGAAGGCUUUCAUUACCUGGUCUUUGACCUUGUGACUGGUGGAGAACUGUUCGAAGACAUUGUCGCAAGAGAAUAUUACAGUGAAGCAGAUGCAAGUCAUUGCAUCAAUCAGAUCCUGGAAAGCGUCAGCCACAUCCACCAGCAUGACAUUGUGCACAGGGACCUCAAGCCAGAGAACCUGCUGUUGGCCAGUAAGAUGAAGGGGGCGGCAGUGAAGUUGGCUGAUUUUGGCCUUGCCAUCGAGGUGCAGGGAGAUCAGCAGGCCUGGUUCGGUUUUGCCGGCACCCCUGGAUACCUCUCCCCUGAAGUCCUGAGAAAGGACCCCUAUGGCAAACCAGUGGAUAUCUGGGCCUGUGGUGUGAUCUUGUAUAUCCUGCUGGUGGGUUACCCUCCUUUCUGGGACGAGGACCAGCACAAACUGUAUCAGCAGAUCAAGGCUGGAGCCUAUGACUUUCCCUCUCCAGAGUGGGACACUGUUACCCCGGAGGCCAAAAACCUCAUCAACCAGAUGUUGACCAUCAACCCAGCGAAGAGGAUCACGGCUGACCAAGCGCUCAAACAUCCAUGGGUCUGCCAACGCUCCACUGUUGCCUCCAUGAUGCAUCGUCAAGAAACCGUUGAGUGUCUGCGCAAGUUCAACGCCCGCAGAAAACUAAAGGGGGCAAUUUUGACCACCAUGCUGGUGUCCAGGAACUUCUCAGUGGGUCGGCAGCACACCACCCCCGCCACCCCCACCACCAGCACAGCUGCACUGGCACAAGAAGCUUGCAAAAGUUUAUUGAACAAGAAGUCCGAUGGCGUGAAGCCACAGACAAACAACAACAAAAACAGUGUAGUAAGCAGCAGCACCAAAGACAGCAGCAUAUCAUCCACUGCACCAAUGGAACCACAGACCACUGUCGUGCACAAUCCAGCCGAUGGCAUCAAGGGGUCUACAGAGAGCUGUAACACCACAGAAGAGGAGGACAUGAAAGGUAGGAAAGUAUCGGUGGGCGGGGCUAGCAAUGACAGUGCAGUGGUGAGCCAGUGCAGUGCCUCCGAGGAGCCAGCUCCUCAGCCCGAGGCCUCUCCCCCCUGCCCACCACCCACCGAUCCACCACAUGAUGUUAAGAAUGUUGCUUGGAACAGUUCAGGUCAGAGCUCCUGUCCUGAUUUAGAGCCUGCUGUACCUGCUCCAGCCUCCACAACUCCAGGGGGCAGCAGCGUGCACAGGCAGCAGUCACGAAAGCAGGAGAUCAUUAAAAUCACGGAGCAGCUGAUUGAGGCCAUCAACAACGGAGAUUUUGAAGCUUACACGAGGAUCUGUGACCCUGGCCUGACCUCUUUUGAGCCUGAGGCACUUGGAAACCUGGUUGAGGGAAUGGACUUCCAUAAGUUCUACUUUGAGAAUUUGCUGAGUAAGAACAGUAAGCCUGUGCACACAACCAUCCUAAAUCCUCACGUGCACCUGAUUGGAGAGGACGCCGCCUGCAUCGCCUAUAUCCGGCUGACGCAGUACAUGGACAGCCAGGGCCGUCCACGCAGCAGCCAGUCGGAGGAGACACGUGUGUGGCACCGCCGAGAUGCCAAGUGGCUCAACAUCCACUUCCACUGCUCUGGAGCGCCUGCUGCACCUCUACAGUGAACCACACAGGGCAAAGCAUGCCUGAAUACUAAAGCUGAUUGGAGCAUUUCUUCUCCGUGCACGUCUUGCCGCCUGGAGCCCGGCCAGAAGAGAACCUCUUGAAGUUUUGAAACGCGAGGGAAAAAAUUGACACAACUAAGAAAUAUAUUUAAAAGUGGCCACCACUUCAGUCCAACUCUAGCUAGAUGUGGGGCGGGCGGCCACGGCAGCAGCCCUGCCUUCUGGAUGCUGCAUGCUUCUAAUGCCCACACGGGGCGCUGUAUUGUCUUUACCCAUAGUCCCAUAAUGUCUGCUGCCCAACAUUCGGAAAUGGUGUUUAAAGUAUUAAUAAUAUAUUGUAAAAUAUUGAGAUCUUCACUUGUGUAAUUAACAGCUGGUAGAGAUGAAAGUAAGAAUCAGAAAUGUGAAUCUUCGAAAAGCACACGCCGUUUUAAGGGGAAAUGGUGUGAGUUUAUUAUGUUUCAGAAAACAUUUUUUUCUGUCUAGUUUUUCUUUUUUAAGCAAAGAAUGUGACGGCAUGGCAUAUCAGAGGGAGCAAAAAAUGUAUCAGACGUUGAAGCACCAAAGUGUAGACUCUAGAUGUUGAGAAGAGGAUGUUUUAAUGUUGCUUUUAUUUUCUUUCGAAUUAAGGAACAGGGUCGGGGACGAUUUUUUUCUGGCUUUCUGUCGUGUUUUUGUGUAUCUCUUGGUUUUUAUCUCCUGAAUGAUGCUGUAUUUGAAAGUAUUUUGUGUUUUCAAGACUAUUGUUUUAAAGUGGCACACGAUUUAAUAUAGUUGUGCAUAAAUAGAUAUUUAUAAAAAGAAAGGACAAAACAGUUUGUGGUGUCCGGCGGGGGAAAAAAAAGGGGUGGGGAGAUGUGUGUGUUUGAGUGUUUGUGUACGUACAAAUGUUUUUUCUUGGGUUCAAUAUGCUUGUUGCUGCGUAGUGUUUUGCGUAAAUCUUCUUUACACACUUCCACAUGAGGCCUAAACUCAAGUUGGGUUGGUUUAACUUGCCUUCCUGUACGUUUGCACCCAUAACCACCCGGCUCUCUGAACCUGAAGUUGCAGAACUCUCACUUGCUUCGAUUCGAGUUUGUUAUACGUCUCCUGGUCCCCAGGGGGCGCUAAACACUACACACAACACGCUCAUAGCCCCUGCCUUCCCUCGCAGAGUCACUCGGCUCACCCUUUUAGGCUUCCAGCUGCUGUGCAUAUCAUUUUUUAGACUAUUCGCAUGUCGAAAAAGGAAAACGUGAAAUGGCCUGUACUGUUUUGCACAUAAGCUUGAGACUCUAUGCUGUUCUGUUCACGUUUGUGGACUGCUUUGCAACUUCAGGUUAUGAAAUCCAUCCAUAGGGGUCCAUGCUCUAGAAGUCACAUUAUCCCUCCAUGAGUGUCUGUACACUUGGUUCUGAUGCUGUUUAUGUUGUCUUAUCAUCAUGCCAUGUGACUUUAAAGACUUUUUUGAAUUGAUUGUGGUUUGCUAAGAUCACCUGACCAUCUAUAGGCAGGGAUUUGAAUGAAAUGACUUGAUGAAUGCAGUUCCAUGCUGUUUUGGGGUCCAUUUUGUGGUAGAAUCUGUUUUUGGGUAUGUAGUUUUGUUUUAUUUUUUCCAGUAUAACCUGUAAAUACUAACGCAGAUCAUUGAUGAGGGAUGACUCGAACGCUUAGCUCGUCUUCAUCCAGAUGCACGUACACGCAACUCACAUAGUUACAGUAAGCACAUGGACACAUUGUGCUCCCUUUAAAGCUUAUCUGUGUGACUGUCAUACAUCGGAACACCGUUGUUGACCGUGUUAUUAUGUAGAUCCUGUGUGUGAAUUGUGAUGCCUAGGGGGGUUUAACGUUCCCCCUUUUAUUCUGUGCUAAGCCAUUUCUCGUGACAUUUUACCUUUUCAAGUUGGGCUAACGUUGCACCCAACUCUGUGUUCAAAAAAGGGAGGAAAGAGAGUACUCCUACCCUAAAAGGCAUCUUGUUAGUGAGUUCAAACCGUCUGGCACUGUGAUGUCUGCCAUACCUUCAUACUGCGCUCUUUGUUGCCCCCUGCUGCAGUGUGUCUUAUAACAGUGUGUUCAGCCCUAGUCUCUGGUCACUUCUAUCACUCAUAGUGUGUCGUCUCAGAUACGCGAGUGUCCUUGUUUAAAAAAAAAAAAGUGCAGUUUAGUCAGUCAAACAUGCAUUAAAAAGUAAAUGGUUAAGAAAUGUUUCCAGAUGCAGGAGAUUGUAGUUCUUGUAUUUCUUAUGACUGUUAAAUGGACGCCUUUGUAUGCGAAGUGAAUAAUUUCUGAACUAAAAAACUCCCACAUCCGAACCAUAUAUGCAGUUGAGCAGAAGGAAAAUAUGCAUGUGUAACUUUCUGGUAAUAAUUUUCACUGUCUGUGUUACAUAAAAUUGAAUUAUGUGUAUAUUACCUGCAUCUUCAAGGUAAAUGAAAUGUGGCUCUGAGAUAUGGUUUCCAAUGCUAAAAUCACAUGCUAAUUUUGUAAAGAAAUGGACUAAAAGAGAUUAACAAAGCUUUAGCUCAUUCUUGUCAGUUUUUUGCAUUGUAACCAUAUAUGAUGGGACUGCAUAUGCUUAUACUCUGAGGUUUAAUUGGAUGCUGGAUUUUUGCAUGACCAUACAAUUAAUAAAACUAUGAAUUUAAAUCUA